AUGAUGGCGCUGUCCACCGCCUCUUCGCCCAGCGGUGAUCUUGCACUGAGGCCCGUUCAUCGUACUGAAGUACUCGGAUUGGACAUCGCCGAGCCCUACAAGGGGAAUGAACCCAGCCGCAGCAAUGACGGAUUCGAGAUGGGUCGACUAGCUUCGUCACCACAGAAUGAGCUGCAGGAGCCAGACUCGGUCAACGACCAGCCACGCAGCCACUGGAGAAUCAUCGCCAUUAUGCUCGCCCUUUCCCUCAGCCUUUUCAUUUCUGCUCUUGAUCAGACUAUUGUGGCUACCGCAACGCCAACGAUCUCUGCGGAGCUGCACUCGGGCACAGGCUAUGUGUGGAUUGGUGGCGCAUAUCUGAUUGCCAACGCAGCUAGCUCGAACAUCUGGGCCAACCUAUCCGACAUCUGGGGGCGCAAGCCGAUGCUUCUCGCGGCCGUUGCUUUGUUCUUCGGGGCUUCGAUCAUCUGUGCCAAAGCUAUCAACAUGCCUAUGCUGAUUGCAGGUCGUGGUGUCCAAGGUAUUGCUGGUGGUGGGCUUCUUCAGCUGAUCACCAUCAUCAUUUCUGACCUCUUCAGUGUCCGACUUCGCAGCCUUUUCAUGGGCCUCAUCGAAUUUAUCUGGGCCAUUGCCGGAGCUUUAGGCCCCAUCGUGGGUGGUGCCUUCACUCAGUCAGUUUCCUGGCGAUGGAUAUUCUGGAUCAAUCUGCCCAUUUGUGGAACGGCAUUUGUGCUCCUCCUGUUCUUCCUGGAUGUCCACAAUCCGAAGACCGGGGUCCUGGAGGGCAUCAAAGCAGUCGAUUGGUUCGGUAGCUUCUCCAUUCUUGGGCUGACGGUGAUGGUUUUGCUGGGCCUUGACUUCGGAGGAGCCACCUUUCCUUGGAGUUCGCCGAAAGUGAUCUGUCUCAUUGUUUUCGGCUGCCUGAUGUCCCUCUUCUUUAUUUACAGUGAAAGACACCUGGCAAAGUAUCCGCUUAUGCCGCUGGGCAUCUUCAAGAACCGUUCGAAUCUGGCCUGCUUCGUCGUGGCUUUCACACAUGGCUUUGCUUUCCUCGGACAGGAAUACUAUCUCCCGCUGUUCUUCCAGUCAGCCAAGGAAGCGUCCCCUUUCCACUCUGGUCUGCUCAUUCUCCCGUAUGUCCUGGCCGAGGCAGCCUUAAGUCUUGCAGCGGGAGUUAUUAUUCACCGCACGGGCCAUUAUCUCGAAGUCGUGUGGACCGGAACCGCGCUGGUAGUCCUGGGGAGUGGCCUGCUCAUCGAUUUCAACGCUGCCUCCUCACUUGGGAAAAUUAUCUGUUAUCAAAUCGUGGCCGGUGCCGGAUGCGGCUUGCUGUUCUUCCCGCCCCUCCUUGCCCUGCAGAGCAAUGUCGCGCAGGAUCAAAACGCCUCGGCGACGGCAACCUUCGGCUUCAUCCGUAAUAUGGCCAUGGCCAUGUCGGUGGUGCUGGGUGGGGUGAUUUUCCAGAAUGGCAUGGACACGCGGCAAUCCGACCUCCUGGCCACGGGCCUAUCUGACUCCAUCGUGAAGGAGCUCACCGGAGCCGAGGCCGCGGCUAACGUGAUGGUCAUCCAGUCCAUCGCGGAUACACUGCAGCGAAGUGUCGUCAAGGACGCCUACGCUUGGAGCAUGCGCAACAUUUGGAUCCUGUACACCUCUUUAGGCGCGUGUGGACUCAUCUUCAGCCUCCUCAUCACCCGCCAGCACCUCAGUGUGGAACAUGUGGAGACCAAAACCGGGUUGAGAGAGAAGCAACCCCUUACCGGAUCUCAGCAGAACGACUCCGAACCGUAA